GCUGUUGGUUCUAAAGAGCAUACGGUGCAUGGAUGUUUAAAUCAGCAACCAAUUAGGAAGGUCAUGCUUUUUUUAUUGCCAAAAAUGGCACAUAUGCAGGAUUGGAUGAGUUGUGGUUAUAUCAUGUUUUAAAAAGGCCUGCACUUAUUUUGUUCAUGUAGUCAAUAGAGAAGAGUAAAGAAACCUUAUGCAGUCACAUCUACAUUCUAUAUGUAGAUGUGACAGCCAGGCCACAUGGGGAUAGACCUGUUGUUCUGUUGCUUAGCAAUAUCUAUGAGUAAGUAAUACAAAUCAAACCUAUGCUGAUUUGGAACCAGGAGAUAAAUGAUAGGUGUAUUUAAAACAUGAGGAAACCACCACUAAUCCAGUCUCACUCAGUUCUGUUAAGUCAUGCCGUUGUUGUGAAUUAAUGAUGCACUGGUGCAUAUUUCUUUCAUUUAAGCAACGCUGACAUUGUAUGAUCUCCCCUGGUUUCAUUUUGUUUAAUAAAACUUCAAGAUACUGUUGUCAUUAUUUCUUAGUUGAUAUUGACCUGCAGGUUUAAUGGGAAAUUAAAACUGACCAAUAAUACACAUUCAGACAAUGUGAUAAUUCUGAUGGAAGAAAAUUUGAACGAAUUUCUCUCAUUUAUGAAAUUUAUUUGAACUCCAUUUUUUAAAAAGUAACAGCCAAAUUCUGCGCAUCCCACAAAGGAAUGACUUGUGAGAAAAAUCUGAUUAGCAUAUCGGGAAAUUAUCAGCAUGCCCUGCGCAAUGUGCACGACUCUUAAAGGUAAAUGAAAAGAGGCUAUUUGAUUGGCUAUUAAUAAAUGCAGCUGCACCACGCCCGCUGAUAAUAUAUUCAGUAUAACCCAACCCUAUUUCCAAGGCGCGCCACAUGUUUUGCGCUGUGCGCUCCUCGUCUCCGGUCCCGAAAACAGCGACAAUCAAAAGCCACGCCCAGUCCGCCACGCGCCCCGCCACUGACUGUUCCCAUGCGCUGUGCGGCAUCGAUUCGGGAAAAUAGAGGCCUAUGCAUGAAUUAAUGGCUGUAAUGCUACAUACGGUAACUUGGUCGCUAACAAAUACCAUAAUUUCACUUUUUAAUCUGUGUGGUUAUAAAAAACUUAAAUACACAAAUGUAGUAGGCUACUGUUACUUUUAAUAUUUUUUUUUGUCAUAGUGUAUUUGCGUGCUAAAUUAAAUUGAAUGAAAUUCUGCUUGUUGUUUUCCCCUGUGGCAGGCGAACGCACUGGAGAACUUGGCUGCUGUGGCUGGGUCCUGGUCAUUGUCUCAUUCUUGUUUGCACUACUGACAUUUCCAAUUUCUAUAUUCAUGUGUGUUAAGAUUGUUCAGGAAUAUGAGCGUGCGGUCAUAUUCAGACUGGGCCGCAUCACGGACAAGAAGGCCAAGGGGCCAGGCAUCUUCUUUGUCCUGCCCUGCACUGACACCUUUGUCAAGGUGGACAUGAGAACUGUGUCAUUCGACAUCCCGCCCCAAGAGAUCCUGACCAAAGAUUCAGUGACUGUCUCUGUGGAUGGUGUUGUGUACUUCCGGGUCAGCUGUCCCAUCUCCUCUGUGGCCAACGUGUCCAACGCGGACUUCUCCACCCGACUGCUGGCACAGACCACCCUGAGGAACGUUCUGGGCACUAAGAACCUGUCAGAGCUGCUGUCGGACCGGGAGGGAAUCUCACACAGCAUGCAGGCGUCCCUGGAUGACGCGACCGACCCCUGGGGCAUCAAAGUGGAGCGGGUGGAGAUCAAGGACGUCAAGCUGCCCCACCAGCUCCAGAGGGCCAUGGCUGCCGAGGCUGAGGCCUCGCGGGAGGCCAGAGCCAAGGUGAUCGCGGCGGAGGGCGAGAUGAACGCGUCCCGGGCCCUGAAGGAGGCGUCGCUGGUGAUCGCCGAGUCGCCCUCCGCCCUGCAGCUGCGCUACCUGCAGACCCUCAACACCAUCGCCGCCGAGAAGAACUCCACCAUCAUCUUCCCCCUGCCCAUGGACGUCCUGUCCCACUUCAUGUACAAGAAGUGAGAGGCCACGCCCGGAAGUGACCCAACCCCCUUCCGCGCAAAACCUCACUGAACAGCACCAUAACCGCACUGUGGCAGAUUAUCAAUCUGGACUAAUCCAGUCACCAUACGCAAGCAGGGUCCCAGUGGCUGCCAGGAUGCGUGUCAUCAAAUCCAGCUCCAGUCAACCUCAACCUAUUUCGAUUUAUUUUCAUCUUAAUUGGCAUACAAAAUUUGGAGAGAAAAAAUUAUACAAAUUGAAUAAUUAAAGCGAAUGUUCCCAUUGAAGUAUUCAUUAAAAAAUUUAUGUUAAGAUAUUUGCAUGAUCUUUCUGGAUUGCAAAGCAAAUGUGUCAUUCCUUGUUGUGCAGCACAUAAUUUUAGAUGCUGAGGUAACUAACUCUCCUGUUUGGAGAAAGGAGAAAGGACACAACAAAAAAUUACACACAAAAAUAUUAUGCAAGUUUUGGUCAAAUGACCACCUUUAAGCUGAGUAAGGCUUGACUGGAGUUAUUUGACUGAAGCAUUGUUUCAAUUCUUAUUGAAAUAGUUAUAUUAAAAUUGUGUUUCAUCCUUUUCCUUUGUUUAAUGAAAAUGUGAACACGGUUGGCUAUAUCCUGUGAAUUCAUGGUUAUUUUAUUUUUUGUUGAUCUAAUUAUAUGUGAAAAAUGUUUAUAUAUUGCUCCAAUACUUUGUAAAUUGUAUUUUGUGAUACAUGCCAAUACUAAUAUAAACAAGACUUAAAUGCA